AUGGCGGAAAACGUUAAAGUGGUCGUGCGGUGUCGACCGAUGAACAAACGGGAACAGCAAUCAAGCUGCACGAGCGUUAUACAGAUCGACAACUCACUAGUGAAUCUUGACAAUCCAAAAGAUCGCAAUGCAACUCAGAAAUCCUUUCGAUUUGAUAACGCGUAUGGCUACGCGGCGACAACGGAAAAUAUUUACAGCGAUAUUUGUUACUCGCUGGUGGAGAGUGUUCUCGAAGGCUAUAAUGCGACGAUUUUUGCAUACGGACAGACGGGCUGCGGUAAAUCACACACGAUGCAAGGUACCACCUACAACUUAUCCGCUGCGGAUCCCAACAACGCCAACAACAUCGGCAUCAUACCGCGUUCGUUCGAGCACAUUUUUGAGGCGAUUUCACUCGCCAGUGAAGUGCGCUACCUGGUGCUGGUUAGCUAUCUGGAGAUCUACAACGAAACAAUACGGGACCUGCUCAAGCCGCAUGUACCAACGGCCGGUACUGGAACGCCGGCAGGAGGCUUGCAGAUAAAAGAGAUACCCGGUGAGGGUGUUACGGUGCAGAAUCUUUCGUUACACACCGUACAUGGAAUGAAGGAGUGCAUCGAGUUGCUGGAGCUAGGAGCUAAAAACCGCAUGGUUGGAAGCACGCUCAUGAACAUCGAGAGCUCACGAUCGCAUUCAAUAUUUAGCAUCAGCCUGGAACAAAUAUCCACCAGCGUUGUCGACAAUGGCACCAGUAUCAAACGGGGUAAGCUUAAUCUCGUCGAUUUGGCCGGUUCCGAGCGGCAAAGCAAAACAGGUGCAACCGGCGAUAGGCUGAAGGAAGCGACCAAAAUCAAUCUCUCAUUGUCUGCGCUUGGCAAUGUCAUUUCGGCGCUGGUCGAUGGCAAAACGAAACACAUUCCCUACCGAGAUUCAAAACUCACCAGGCUGUUGCAGGAUUCGCUUGGGGGAAACACAAAAACGCUGAUGAUUGCAUGCAUUUCCCCGGCGGAUUACAACUACGACGAAACGUUGUCUACGCUGCGAUACGCCAGCCGCGCGAAGAACAUUGCCAACAAACCUCGGGUGAACGAAGAUCCCAAGGAUACGAUGCUGCGGGAAUAUCAACAGGAAAUAAUACGCUUAAAGGAUCUGCUCAAAGUAGGAGAAAACAAAAACACAAAUGUUAACGGUGAGACUACGGUUGAAUUUGAAAAGCAAGCUCUCAAAUCGCAAUACGACCAGGAGGUGCUGCAUCUACGCCAAGAGUACGAGCAGCAGAAAAUCGCCAAGCAGGAAUUGGUAAAGGACAUCGAAAAGAUCAAAUCCUACUAUGAGCAACAGAUGCAACUUCUCACCUCCAGGAAAACGUUAGACGAUGAGCAGGAGCCCUCGGUAUCCGAUCUAGCCAAUCGAGAUAGGAAAGAAAUUUACGAUCGAAUCAAACAGAUCAAGGAUGCGCUAAUCGGUGGCGAACGGGCCAACGACAUUCAGUUGAAGGAGAAGCGAUAUCGCAACAAGUUGGCGUCAGAGAAGAGAAUCAAUGCGUUAGCACAUGCCCUUGGCCGUAUCGAGCAACCGGCUGACCGUGAUUUGCUGCAGGGCCACUACUCUGACAUUCAGCAGGAACUGAAAAUGCGUUGUGAGCACAUUCGUACGCUACGAAAACGCACCAAGUUUCUCGAGCAAGAAGUAACCGACAUUCAGAGUGAGUUUCAAUGUGAACGGGAUGAUUAUCUGGCAACGAUACGGCUUCUAGAGAAGAAAAUUCUCUUCUACGAAAGCGUCUUUCAUAAAGCUAUGCCAGUGCUGCGUAAGGAUGGACGGUACUGGAAUUUGGAAUGUCUAGAGAAGGAAUCAGAAUGGAACGACGAUUUACGUAAAUGGCGUUUGCCCGAUGACACGCUGUUGCGAUUGCGUUUACCACCCGCCGAUACGCCACCACCGGAAACGGCCUCUCCCGGAAAACUAUCCGGGCGUGAAAGCCAAACAUCCUUAACGGCACCGGGUCGUUUAGAGCGCAGCUCAACGAUGAUACUUGCCAAAUUGCCAGAAUUCCAGCGCGAAAAUAACACAAAAGCUUCAGAGGAUCACCAACGAAAAGAGUUUCUGAGCAAAACCACAAACUGCAACCCUUUUCCGAAGAUCGAAGAUGUUGCAAUGACUUAUUUCAGGCCGCGCCGAGCUGCCGAACUGGUGUACAAAAGUGGAUGGCGAUCUCUGCAGAAAUAAUGUUUCUAUGGAUUUUGC